AUGGACGCUCCUGCGUCAUUGGUGAACAAGCGGAGUCGAAUAGAAUUUCAAGUCAGAAUCAGGCGAAAAACUCUGUUCUACACUACUGUGUUGAUUAUUCCUACUGUGCUGAUGACGUUUCUGAGUAUGGCAGUGUUCUUUCUUCCAACUGACUCAGGUGAGAAGAUGACUUUGACAACUUACGUGCUGCUUUCGAUUGUGGUCUUCUUGUUGCUCGUAUCGAAAAUUCUUCCACCCACCUCUAGUACUAUUCCUCUGAUGGCCAAGUACCUACUGCUUACGUUCGUUCUCAAUGUGAUCACCAUCUUAGUUACGGUGAUUAUCAUCAAUGUGUACUUCCGUAGUCCUACGACACAUCGCAUGCCCCAAUGGGUACGGAAGUUAUUCUUGGAGUUUAUGCCGUUCAUGAUGUGCAUGCGACGACCAAAAUCCGCGUUUCGAAAGCUCUUAGUCCGUCCGAAGGAGGAUGUGGCUCAACUUCCCGGUAUAGGACAGUUCAGUUUCAGAGCGGCAAAGCAUCACCCAUUUUGUCCGAGUGCUGAUAGAAGGACUGACGCAAUAAAAGUUGUCACCAACGCAAACGACAUUCCUCGAGACCCAGCGACCGCGCCCUAUCACCCAUUAUCGCCUGAUGCACUUUCUGCGAUUGAUGCCAUCGAAUAUAUUACUGAUCAUUUGAAGCAGGACGAGGAACACAAACAGUAUCGAGAUGACUGGAAGUACGUCGCCAUGAUUAUUGAUCGAUUAUUGCUUUACGUGUUCUUUGGUAUUACGGUAGGAGGCACAUGUGGGAUCUUAUUCAGUGCACCGUAUGUAUUUCAAGGAGUGAAUCAGCGAGAAGUGCUUCAAAGGCUCAUCGAUCUGUACAAGGCGGGAGAUAGCAAGUAG